CGGCUUCGCAAGUCCUCUUCUAUUAUUUGGAAAGGAUGGAGCCUUCGGCAGUUGCAGCAGGCGCCAUACAAAUGAGAGAACGAUUUUCACCCGGAAUUCGCGAGAUCAUCAUUUCAUAUCGUAAUGAUCUGAGAAAAAAGGUUUUUCACAACCUUCUGACCCAUUUGAACCCAGACCAGAUUUACGAUGUUCUCAAGUAUAGGAACGAUGAGCGCGACAUAACUCGAGACACGGUAAAAGCGCUGCAAAUGAAUGUUUUCUACGGUAUAUACAACCUUCUUUUUCUUGUCGACACACAUGGCAAGAUAUUCCCGGCAAGGAUUCGAGCAGAAGGGAUGCUCUCUAUAUUGGCCACAUAUCCAGAUAGGAUCGUGGCGCUCCUUUGCUACCAUUGCCGGAUCAGCAAAUUCAUGUUAGCAUGGCCUGACGUGGAGUUGAACAUUCAUGAAAUCAAAAGUCCUUACCAAUCAAUGGUAAAGAACAGCCACUUCGCCACGGUCGACGUACGCGAAGAGCAUGGGGUAUGGAAACGCUCUAAUACGCUAGCGGAAGUUCGGAACAGGCUGUGGAAUAGGGAGUCAAUCAGGUUGACGGUGAUUUAUAAGGAUGAGUCUGCAAACACAUUUGAUCGCGUCGACUGGGAGGGACUGUCCUCCGAGGCAACCCUGUAGUUAGCGGGAUCAUUGCCAGCUCGAAGCCGAGAAUUCGGCAAUUGCAAACGCCGCCGCCCAAGGGGCAUCAGUCAAUGAAACAAAUCUUUGCUUUCCUUCUACUUUUUCACUCUUCCUUCUUUUCUAUAUGCCAUGCUGAAGAAGAAGAAGAGAUAAAUCAGAUUUCCGCACUCGCGUUGGAAAGAUAUCUUGAGCAUUACCAAGGCCCUUUAUUACAAUUAGAAAAUCCCCUGCAAUACAAGACUCCAUGGUUCAUAUUAUAUGUUAAGGUGGGCAGGUAGACUGGAGCUGAAUGUUCUUUUGUCUCUUCGCGUGACACCAAAGCUAGUGUACUAAUUUUGUGGUCUGCUUUGCAUCAAAAUCCAAGUAUC